AUGGGAUCAAAAAAACUUCCCAAUUUGACUCGGAUGUCAAAUUAUCAAACACAACGUGGAUCAUCAGUCGACUUAUCCAACGACACACAUGAUGAGAAUUAUUCAUCAACCACUUCUUGUAGAUCUACACAAGGCAUUUUGUCCUCUUAUCCACAUUCUACAAUAUUGUCUCUAGCCAACCGACAUUCAGCUAGUGUUGUCUACUCUCAGUCACCUAUUGUAUCGAUUCCUGAGCAAAAACUCAUCAAUUGCACACGGACUAUUGUCGUAUCCAUGGUGAAUGCAGUCAAUCAGUCAGCAUGUCAACCACGUUUAAAUAUCAGUCAAACAAUGCUGAAUGUGUCACAACAGUCCUGUACAACUUCCAGUCGCCUAACACCUACUACUCCACCGCCGCCACCACCUAAAGGUCCAGUGUAUAAAUGGACACCAGAUGAUGUAGUCGCGUUUGUUCGUGGUACACCUGGAUGUGGAGCGUAUGCAUCAGCCUUUUUAAAUAAUGAAAUUGAUGGUGAAGCCUUACUCCUGCUGGCAGAAGAUCAAUUUAUUCAACCACCGAUUGGUAUGAAAAUUGGUCCAGCAUUGAAAUUAGUAGCACGAUUAGAAUCAUUACGACAUUGUUGUUAA